UAUAUCUAUUUCGUCUCUUUCUUUGUCUCCCCUGUGAGCACUGUGGUGUUUCUGUCAGUGAAAGAGCUUCUCAGUUAUUUAACAUCCGCCUGUUAAUCAAGGGCCGGGGUCAAUAAAGCAAGGAAGAAAAAAGAAAAAAAAUGAGGAAAGUCUUCAGAGUGAGGUCUGUCGUUAUUGCCUUGUGCAGCAUCUUUCUGUUUUUGUGUCACAAUGGCGUGGAAGCUAUGCAGUGUUAUCAAUGCAAUAGUCGUAACAAUAGCCAAUGUGCUGAUAUUAAACCACCGGAUACUAUGAAAAUAGAUUGCUCGGAUCUUAAGGAUGGCGCAAAGUAUACGAUGUGUCGAAAAAUCACGCAAGUUAUUGAAUUCAGCGUCAACGGCCUACCACCUGAUACGCGAGUUAUUCGAGGAUGCGGUUGGGACGAGUCAAAUUAUAAAGGCAAAUGUUACCAACGAAGCGGAUUUGGCGGUCGACAAGAAGUCUGUUCCUGUUUGACCGAUUAUUGCAACGCGGCAAUGCCUGGAACAUUGCCGGCUCGAAGCUUCGUCCUUUUAUGCUCUCUAAUCAGCGUAUCGCUAGCGUUUCUGCGAAAUUAGUCGUUCUUAAAAGACACCGGAGCUCAGCGUAGGAAACGAGUAAAUGAGUAAAGCGGAUGCUGUAUUAGUGGUAGUAGGAAGAUUAAUAUCAGCAUGAUUUUGCUGCUACAAAUACGAACAAUAGAUUGUUAUUACUAAGGUAUACCAAAGCGGAGAAAAAUGUCGGGGAAGCAAUGUCUCAACAUACAGAAUUCUAAUCGUAGAAGAAACAAGUGGCCUUCUGAGUUUAUACAUACAUAUAUAUAUAUAUAUUAUGAUGUCCAAACAGCGGUUUGGAAAAAUAUGACUUUUCAAAUAUGUACAUUGUACCGAGAUUAUAUCUUGACGCGGCGUAACUCGAGCUAUACAACGAUAAAAUUGGCUUAUUAAUUAGCGAGUCAUACCACUACUAACACGAACCAACUUGUCUCUAUCUUAGAUUUUCACUUUAUAUUUUUCUUCUUGAUGAUACACGGUUAUGCAAUUUAAGCGAUUCGCACAUGUAGAUACAAGAAAGAGCUGUUUAUUCAUAUCUUUAAAAUUUAUAAUUAUAAUUUAUAAUUAUAAAUUUUCAAAAUAUAUCGCAGUAUACCAAUAGGAGUUUCCUUGUAAUGGUUUUUUGUAUAUAUAUCUAACAAUUACAUUACAAUAAGGAAACAUGUAAUAUGUAUUAAAAUUAAUCGUAAGAGAUAUCUUAUUGUCAAUAAAAACUUAUGUUAAAGUGAA